AUGGAAGAAAACGUAGAAAUCUCGUUGACGAUCUCCUUCUUCUUCUCUCAUCCUCUCUUCUACUGUUUCAUCACUUUUUACACUCUAAUUCUCAUCUACUUCCCUUAUGAUUCCUUUCGAAUCCUUCUCUCCCCUGUUCUUCUCAUCUCCGGUGCCCUUCUCCUCUUUCUUCUCCGUCUCGGUUCGACCCGAGAAUCAAUCACCCGACCCGGUAAAAGCAACGAAGGAGAAGCCCGAAGUGUGAAUCUCGAGGAGGCUGUAGAAUCUAAGGCUUUGGUUCGUGAUUCUUCGUCCGAAACUGAUUCCGACACGAAACCCGGUUUUGUGGAGUGGGAUUUGAGAGCACCAUUGGAGGUGAUACACGAAGCUUAUGAAGAGGACGACGAUGAAGAAGAGAAUCCGUCGGUGUCGGGUGAAAAAGACCCGACCCGAUUGAGGGAAACAGAGAGAUUCCCGUCGUUGUCGCUCUGCUACCCAGAAUCAGAUUCGGAAUCGGAUUCGGAUUCCUCGUCGGAAUUCAAUUUUCCGGAGAUCGGUAGCUGGAUCUCACCGGAGAAAGUGGGAUUCAGAUGGGAAGAAGAAGAAGAAGAAGAAGAAGACGGCGAUGGAACUCGAGGCGAAGGGUUGAUUGAGAUAAAGCUGGGUGAAUAUCAUCGUAGUAGCCAGGAAAAGAUGAGCAAACGGAAACAAACAGAGUUGGAUUUUCAUGCAGAGGAUGAUGGUUUGAUCGAGAUCGAUCUCUUUCCAUAG